CGAGCCGAGCCGAGCCGAGCCGAGCCGAGCCGAGCCGAGCCGAACCGAGCCGAGCCGAACCGAACCGAACCGAGCGCCGCACCGGAGCUGCCCAUGGCCGAGAGUUUUCAGAAGAAAGUGGCUGACUCGCCUGAUGUGAUCCUGAAGAAUGGGCUGAACAACAGAUACCGUGUGCUGGAGGUCAGCGUGAUACAGAGGAAUGGAAGUGACCCUGAGAAACACUUGACAAUUACAGCCUCCCCCUCACUGGAAGAUACAGAACUGUGCAUCCUUAGGAAUGGCUGGGAGUCUGUCCCCGUGGUUCCAGGGGACAUUGUUCAUUUGGAAGGGGAGUGCAGCUCUGGCACGUGGGUGAUCAAUGCCCAGAGUGGAUACCUGGUGCUGUACCCAGACCUGCUGCUCUCGGGCACCACCAUCUCCAGCAGCAUUCGCUGCAUGAGGAGGGCAGUGCUGAGUGAACGCUUCAGGGGCUCUGAGUUGGGCUCACCCCAAAUGCUCAUUGGGACAAUUCUUCAUGACAUCUUCCAGCAAGCAGUCACCAAUGACUUGACACAGGAAAAGGUGCAAGAACUAGCAAAUAAAAUUGUGUAUGGGCAAAAGUACCUCAAAGAAAUGUAUCUCUUAAAUCUGAAACAAGCACAAAUAAUGCAAGAAAUAGAAGAAUAUUUGCCAUCAUUUUUUAAGUGGGCAGAAGACUUCAUGCACAAUCCAGCAAACCAAAACAAAAUGCAACUAAAACUGUCAAAUGGUGGAAAAACAGAAGAGGUAUCUUCUAAGAUAGAGGUUGUAGAUAUCUUGGACAUUGAAGAGAAUAUCUGGUCUCCCAGGUUUGGGUUGAAGGGCAAGAUUGAUGUUACAGCCAGGGUGAAAAUCCAUUGCCAGUCUGGAGUCCAGUCUCGGGUGAUGCCUUUAGAGCUCAAGUCUGGCAAGGAAUCCAACUCCAUAGAGCACAGAAGUCAGGUUAUUCUGUACACAUUGCUGAGUUUAGAGCGGAGAGUGGAUCCUGAAGCUGGAUUUCUUCUUUAUCUAAAAACUGGUACAAUGUAUCCUGUCGCUGGAGCUCGCAUGGACCGGAGAGAAUUAAUGAAGUUGAGAAAUCAUGUGGCUUUCUACUUAACACACAGUACCUAUAAAUCUGAUGUGGGAAGGCAGAAUUCCCAGCUUGCUGCUUUGCCUCCUGUGAUUGAUGACAGUCAAACAUGUAAAUAUUGUUCCCAAAUGCACAACUGCUUUCUAUACAGCAGAGCUGUGGAGCAGAAGAUGGCCAGUGUGGCAUUUCCUCCUGCUUUGGUGCCUGUCAUUGACAGAGAGACCCAGCACCUGAAAGCCUCCCACUUGGAGUAUUUCAGCCUCUGGUAUCUGAUGUUAACCUUGGAGCUGCAAAGUGGAGAGCAUAAAAAGGGAUAUAAAAAUAUAUGGAUGACACCUUCUUUGGAAAGAGAGAAGGCUGGAGAUUGUGUUGGAAACAUGAUCAGAGUUGAUGAAGUCCAUGAAGUUUCUGAGGGACAGUAUCUCCAUUUUUUCCAGCGUAGAAAUGGUGCCAUACCUGGGACAAACCUGUUGGCUGGUGAUCGAGUGGUUGUGAGUGGAGAGGAAAAGGGUUUGCUUGGUUUGGCUACUGGCUAUGUUAGAGAAGUCAGUGGAACCAAAGUCUCCUGUUUGUUGGGCAGGAAUUUGUCAAACCUCCCCAAGAACACUGUAUUUAGGUUGGAUCAUGAUGAAGGAGAUGUUGGUACAGGAGUCCCUUUUAAAAAUCUUUCUAAAUUGAUGAAAGAUUGCCCAGUCAGUGAAAGGCUCCGCUACUUGAUCAUUGACUUCCAGAAACCAGGAUUUAUUCAGCACUUGAGCUCUGUCCUUCCUCCUGAAGCAAAGGAAACUGUUGCAAAUAUUUUAAAGGGUCUAAAUAAGCCUCAGAAACAGGCAAUGAAACAAGUGCUGCUUUCAAAAGACUACACACUUAUUGUGGGUAUGCCUGGAACAGGAAAAACGACUACAAUAUGUGCUCUAGUGAGAAUUCUUUCUGCUUGUGGCUUCAGUGUCCUUCUGACCAGUUUUACACACACAGCUGUGGACAAUGUCCUGCUGAAGUUGGCCAAAUUCAAAGUUGGUUUCUUGCGCUUGGGACGAGCUCAGAAGGUUCACCCAGAUAUUCAGAAAUAUACAGAAGAAGAAAUCUGCAGGUCCAGAUCAAUUAAGUCUGUAACAGAUUUGGAAGAGGUCUAUAAUAGUCAGCCAGUGGUAGCAACGUCUUGCAUGGGAGUAAAUCACCCCAUCUUUGCUCAGAAGCAAUUUGACUUCUGUAUUGUUGAUGAGGCUUCCCAAAUCAGCCAGCUCAUCUGCCUGGGCCCACUGUUCUGCUCCAAAAGGUUUGUGCUGGUGGGGGAUCAUCAGCAGCUGCCUCCACUUGUGCUGAAUGCAGAAGCAAGAGAUCUUGGCAUGAGUGAAAGCUUAUUUAAAAGGCUGGAACAAAACCAAAAUGCUGUUGUCCAAUUAACUGUGCAAUACAGAAUGAAUAGUAAGAUUAUGUCAUUGAGUAAUAUGCUGGUAUAUGAAGGCAAACUGGAGUGUGGCUCAGAGAAGGUGUCAAAUGCCACUGUUAACUUGCCCAACCUAAAGAAAUUGAAACUGGACCUUGGGGAUGCUUCAAAGACAUGGUUGAAAGAAGUCCUUGAUCCAGACACACCUGUGUGUUUUCUGAACACAGAGAAGGUCCCAGCACCAGAACAUGCAGAAAAAGGUGGCAUAAGCAAUGUGACAGAAGCUAAAAUAGUGCUUUUCCUCACAUCCUUAUUUAUUAAGGCUGGCUGUAAGCCCUCAGACAUUGGCAUCAUAUCACCCUACAGACAUCAGUUAAAAACAAUCACUGACUUGAUGGCAAAAUGGAAGGAGAGCAGAGUGGAAGUGAACACAGUUGACAAGUAUCAAGGAAGAGACAAAAGUAUCAUAAUUGUGUCUUUUGUUAGGAACAGUACUGAUGAAAAUCUUGGCAGCCUGCUGAAGGACUGGCGCCGCCUGAAUGUUGCUAUCACCAGAGCCAAGCACAAGCUGGUCAUGGUGGGCUGUGUUCCCUCCCUGUGCUGCUAUCCUCCCCUGGAGAAGCUCCUCUGCCAUUUGCAGUCCCAGGCAAUGAUAUCCUUUUUCUUCAUGCUGCUUUGGGAAAGGGGAAAGCUGGGAUUGACUCACUGAGAUUUGAGGUGAGAAUGGGAAGAUCUUCAAUGAUUUAGGUUUUACCUUUAACAGUGAUUGGCAGCACAGCACAAAAUGUGCUGAUCACAUUUGCCAGAAGUGUACUUGAGAUCAAGCUAGUGGAUGGGUUUAGAACCUUCUCUGUCUUGAACAGCAGAAAAAGUCAAUGCUGACUUGCAAAACUGGACAUAAUUUUUUUAUUUCAAGGCCUGAAUUUUUAAUUUUUAGUGCUUUUGCAUUUUUUCCUGUGAUCAUUAUGAGUUUCUUGGCAUCUAAACAUCAGUGUGAUUGCUUUCUUCCACUCAACACAUCUGCUUCAUGAAUAAUCUUGGUGGAAAGGAAAACAGUGUCACUUUCAGAUGACUUGGUAAUUUUUUCUUUCUCCCUGGCAUUGUACUGAAUAAGCUUUAGCUAUUGCUGUUUCCUAAACAGGAAAGAACCUUGUUAGCUGCUUUCUUUGCCAACACCCAUGCAUAUUCAAACAGGUUUUGUGAAAGCCAAGUGUUGUUAAAAUGCUUCCUUAACUUGCUACAUCUUGAAUCUUCCAGCCGGGGCUCAUGAAAGUAUCCACAAGUGUAACAUCUUAUGAGUGGGAAGAUGGAAAGUUUUACAGGACUUCGUAUCUUCUCUUCUGCUGCUGUUGAAUGCCAAUAGCUUGGUAAUUGGAGUGUCAGUGCUGAUGUGCACUCUUCAGCCUGGAGGCAGCCAAAACAGGAAGCAUUCAAUUAUUUGGAAGUUUCCUUUCAAUAGAAUAACAGACAUUUCUUGAAAAAGCUGAUGGUUACAGAACUAAAGCACCCAGCUUACUUGUGGCAAACCAGAAAUAUGAAGCACUCUGUUCCUUCCACUGCUGGAUAUUGCUAUAUUCUCUUUUGCCCUGAUGAACAGUUACCUGCAGAAGUGACUGGGGAAGCACUUGAAGAGGAAGGGAGUGUAAACCAGUGUUGUAGGGAGUCAGUUUUCUGGACCCAAUGUGGUUUUAAAAACUUGAAAAUGUAGUUUACAUACAAUAAUUCCAUUUGUUAGAAUUCUUAAUUAGGGUGCUGUGUUGUGCUGUUUGGAAAAAAAGAAUAGAAAAAUCUUCUUCCUCUUCUUCAAAACCUCACAUUGUCCUUUCAAGUCUACUCCUGCUUUUAAAAAUGCUGAAGUCUUUUAUAUUUAUAUGCAUAAUGUAAUUAAUCUCUCAUGUGAAGAUCCCUUGAUGACAUUUCUAAUCUCCUGAUUUUGCAUACCUCAGGGAGAAAUGUGAAUGCUGAUUCACUUAAUCCCCUGUUAUUAACUUAUGUGUUCAGCAGAUCAAUCUGAAGUGAAAUGCUUCAUAGUAGAACUCUUGUUUUCAGUUUAUCUGAUCUGUAGCCUUCAAAACAAAAAGGAAACAAAGCUAGACAUGCAGCUCGCUGACAAAGAAGCUUACAUGCUCAGGUUGUAUUUUUUUAAAGAUGAUGGCAUAUAAACAACAGAAAACACCUUUUACUUGAGGAUCUCUCAAGUAAAGUUUCUUUAUGCUACCUCAUAUUCUACACCAAAGAGGCUGAGAAGUUUCUUUCCAAGGCUGCUUGUGGAAACAUCAAUUUUUUUGAUUCUUCAGAAUCAUUAGCAUUUGUUUUCUCAUGGAUCAAUGUCAAGUAGCUGUGUGCCUACAGUUGCAGACAAACUUGUUAAAUGUGGGCAUUUUUACUCUUUUAAACUGCUCCCUAACGUUUUGUAAUGUUUGAACUAAUAAAAGUUUGCUGUUGGUUUCAUUCAAA